UUCAGCGUAUCUACUCAAUCUCUGCUCACUUCUAUCCUCUGAAAUUCUAACAAAAUGCCUGGUACAGACAGUGAAUUCCCAAUCGAUCUCAAAAAAUACAAGAAAUUGACGCUCGAUCCCACUAAGCCCCAGCUUACUGAGGAGCAGAAAUCGACGCUACUCCACAAUAUCCAGUUGUUACGAGAUGCUAUUGUACUUUUCACAGCGACGGGCGCUGCGAGAGGUGUGAGUGGGCAUACAGGUGGAGCCUAUGACACCGUUCCCGAAGUUUGCAUUCUUCUCAGCUUGUUCGAGGGCUCCGACAAGUAUCUGCCGAUUAUGUUUGACGAGGCUGGACACCGAGUGGCUACUCAAUACCUUCUCUCGGCUCUCGAGGGCUCCCUCCCUGCUGAGCAUCUCCUCCACUACCGCGAGGCCAACUCCAAACUUCCUGGCCAUCCCGAAUUAGGCUUAACUCCUGGUGUCAAGUUCUCUUCUGGCCGUUUGGGUCACAUGUGGCCAUUAGUUAACGGCAUCGCCCUGGCUCAUCGGGAUAAAACCCUUUUCUGUCUUGGUUCUGAUGGUUCGCAGCAGGAAGGCAACGACGCUGAAGCUGCCCGACUGGCUGUAGCGCAGAACCUCAACGUCAAAUUGCUCAUCGACGACAAUGACGUCACUAUUGCUGGCCAUCCUUCGCAAUACCUGAAAGGGUACGACUUGACCAAGACUCUUGAGGGACAUGGUCUCAAGGUCUACACCGUCCAGGGUGAAGAUAUCGAUGCCCUUUGGGGUGCUAUCAGCUCUAUUGUCACCUACGAUGGACCUGCUGCAGUUAUCUCCAAGCGGGUCAUGGCUCCCGGAAUUGCAGAUAUAGAAGGCAGCACUCAUGGACACGACGUCAUUCCAGUCAAGGCAGCCAUCAAAUACCUCACUUCCCGCGGAUACCCCGAGUCUAUUGCUUCCGACAUCCUCCUCAACAUCAAGCCAGCUUCGGUGCCUUACUUGUACAUUGGCUCGACCAAGGACGUCGGUGCAAACCGUGUCAUCUUUGGUGAGGCCGUCAACUUGGUACUCGACAAGCUCAGCAAAGAGGAAGCAGCGAAGAAAGUCAUGGUUAUUGAUAGCGAUUUGGAAGGUUCCACUGGUCUGAAAGUCAUCCAUCAAAAGCACCCUGAAGUAUUCGUCCCCUCCGGAAUUAUGGAGCGCGGAAACUUCUCUGCUGCAGCUGGUUUCGGUUUUGAUGCCGACAAAUUCGGAGUCUUCUCCACUUUCUCCGCAUUUCUAGAGAUGAUCAUAUCUGAGGUCACCAUGGCCCGUCUCAACAACUGCAACGUUUUGUGUCAUUUCUCUCAUUCCGGUGUUGACGAGAUGGCCGACAACACCUGUCACUUUGGUGUUAACUCUCUUUUCGCUGACAACGGUUUGUCGGAUGUCCAGUCAUGGCUCUACUUCCCCGCCGACCCUCUACAAAUGUUUGCUGUCAUUCAACGCGUAUUCUUCGAGCGCGGUAUACGUUUCGUUUUCUCCACUCGCUCCAAGGUGCCAUAUAUCCUGAAGGAAGAUGGAAAGACUAGGUUUUUCGACGGUGACUACAAAUUUGUUCCUGGAAAGGACGAGACGAUAGUUGAGGGCAAGGCUGGAUACGUCGUGUCAUUCGGAGAAAUGCUGUACAGAUCAUACGAUGCAGUUCUGCGAUGCCGACAGGAAGGUCUUGACGUCGGCUUGAUCAACAAGCCGACAUUGAACAUGGUCGAUGAACCGAUGAUCAAAAAGAUUGGUGCGAGUCCUUUCGUCCUCGUCGUCGAGUCGCUGAACCAAAAGACUGGGCUUGGCUCUAAGUACGGGACCUGGUUGCUGGAACGUCAACUCACUCCAAAAUACGCUUACAUGGGCACUACGAAAGAAGGAUGUGGUGGCUUGAGCGAACAGAUUCCUCAUCAGAAUCUCGACCCUCAAGCGAUCAUCAUGAGAAUCAAGCAACUGUCGCAGUAAAUUGUUGUUUGGGACCUGUUGUACGAAUACGAAGCAAAACAUAUAGAGCAUCAAAUGUUGUCAUAAAUGUAAAAUCUCGAAAACAGAUUAAUUCUUUUACUGUG